AUGGAUGUCAACGCGACGCCGCGCAAGCUAUGGGAGCACCCCAACCCCAAGAGCACCUCCAUGUGGCGGUUCAUGCAGGACGCCAACCGCAAGCACGGCCUCUCACUAAAGAAUUUCCACGACCUGUACAAGUGGUCCUGCGACAACCGCGCCAUCUUCUACGAGCAGCUGUGGGACUGGCAGCACAGCAUCCACGAGGGGUCUUAUACCAAGGUCGUUGACGAGUCUAUCCCCGUCUCGCAGCUGCCGCGCUGGUUCGAAGGCGUCCGCCUCAACUGGACCGAGAACCUGCUAUGGAGUCGCGGACCUGGCGACGCCCCCGCCGGCGAGCGCACCACCCUGAACAAGGAAGACAGCAAGAUUGCCCUGACCGAGGUGCGCGAGGGCAACACCGAAGUCCGCGACGUGACGUGGGGAGAGCUGCGUGCUCGCGUCGCCCAGAUGGCCGCCGCCAUGAGCGCGCGAGGUGUCAAGAGGGGCGACCGGGUCGUCGCCGUCGCCGCCCAUGCUCUGGAAACUGCCGUUGUCUUCCUCGCGACGACGUGGCUCGGCGCCGUCUUCAGCAGUAGCUCGACCGACAUGGGUGUUUCCGGUCUACUGCAGCGGACGACGCAGAUAGACCCCAAGUUCGUCUUCUUUGACGACGGCGCACUGUACAACGGCAAGGUGCUUGACCUGCGCGACAAGAUCCGCGGCAUGGUCGACGGCAUGAAGCAGUGCCCCAGCUUCGAGGCCAUCGUCGCCAUCCAACGCUUCGCUGGCAAGCCCUACGAUACGUCCUCCAUCCCGAGCACGGAGCGUCUCGAGCAGUUUGUACAGGCCGGGGCCCGCCUCGCCAGCCCCCCGCCCAUCGUCCGCGUCGACUUCCAAGACCCCAUGGUCGUCUACUACUCGUCCGGCACGACGGGCAUCCCCAAGGCCAUUGUCCACGGCGUCGGCACGGUCCUCAUGUCCACCCAGAAGGAGGGCGGAUUGCACCGCAACCUGGGGCCUGACGAUGUGCAUCUGCAGUAUACGACGACUGGCUGGGUCAUGUACCUUGCUAGCAUAGCCCACAUGGUUAUGGGUGGCCGCAGCAUCCUGUACGACGGCUCGCCGUUCCUGCCCGGCCCGGACGUAUUGGUACGCAUGUGCGAAGAGCAGCGCGUCACCAUCCUGGGUAUCAGCCCGCGAUGGAUGACGGAGCUCAUGAAGCGGGACAUUGCGCCCCGCAAGCUGGCCGACCUAUCGAGGCUCAGGCUGGUGACGAGCACGGGCAUGGUGCUGCCGGAACAGAUGUUCAACUGGUUCUACGACGUUGCCUUUCCGAAACACGUGCAGCUGGGUAACAUGUCUGGCGGGACCGACAUUGCCGGUUGCUUCGUCAUGGAAAACCCGCUGGAGCCUCUCUACGCCGGCGGCUGCAUGGGCGGCUCUCUCGGCGUUCCCAUCGCCAUCUUCGACCACGAUCUGCCCGAUGGAAGCCGCGGCGUAGCACUCCCGGAUGGCGAGGCAGGCGACCUCGUCUCGACGGGCGCGUUCCCCAACGUGCCGCUGUACCUAUGGGGCGACACGGAGCCGGCGCCGGGCAAAAAGUACGUGAGCUCGUACUUUGGGCGGUUCGAGGGCGUGUGGGCGCAGGGCGACUUUUGCGCCGUGCACCCCAAGACGCGGGGCGUUCUGAUGCUGGGCCGCUCCGAUGGCGUGCUGAACCCGAGCGGCGUGCGGUUCGGCAGCUCCGACAUCUACGCGGUGCUGGAGCGGCGCUUCGUGGCCGAGGUGGCCGAGAGCCUGUGCGUCGGGCAGCGCCGCGAGACGGACCUCGACGAGCGCGUCGUGCUGUUCCUGCUCAUGCGGCCGGGCAGGAAGCUCGACGCGGCGCUGGUGGCCAAGAUCAAGGACACGAUUGCGCGGGAGAUGACGAAGCGGCACGUCCCCAAGUACAUAUUCGAGGUGCCCGACAUUCCGGUCACCGUCAACGGCAAAAAGGUCGAGCUGCCCGUCAAGAGCAUCAUCUCGGGCAAGACGGUCAAGCCGAGCGGCACGCUGCUCAACCCCAAGAGCCUCGAGUUCUUCUACCAGUUCCAGAAGAUUGAGGACGUGGCCCCGCCGCAGGCCAAGCUGUAG